AUGGAAAGAAAAAUACGAACCACAUUGUCAAGACCCAAGGGAAUGUCAAAAAAAAAUGGAAAUGCCCGCAUGUUUAGUAAGGUGAGCUGGGAUGUUCAACCGAAUGGAAAUGUCAAUCCAGAGGGUGGAAGCAGAGCACUUGGCAAUUCUGAUUGUGAGUUUCCUCCUAUUCAAGAGCCACAUGAACAAAAUCCUGAAGUAUGGUCCAAGGCCAGAAAACCAAAGGAAAAACGUUAUACAGAGUGUUCGGCAGUUGGGAAUGCGGUAAAAGACAUGAAUGGGACAGCUCCUAUACUUGGAUAUCACUCCGAAAGUAUGUAG